UUUUAGUUUUUUUCGCUGUGAGUUCUUUUUCCGCCGAGUCGUUAACCCUACAACCGAAGCUAUCGAUUUAAUUUGUAACAAAAUUAAAGACACAACAUGGGAUUUGUUAAAGUAGUGAAGAAUAAGGCGUACUUCAAGCGUUACCAGGUCAAAUUCAGGCGAAGGAGAGAGGGUAAAACCGAUUAUUAUGCCAGAAAGCGUUUAGUCGUUCAGGACAAAAACAAGUACAACACCCCCAAGUAUCGUUUGAUUGUUCGCUUCACUAACAAAGACAUUGUGUGUCAGAUAGCGUACGCCAGAAUCGAAGGUGAUGUUGUGAUAUGUGCUGCAUAUUCACAUGAGUUGCCUAAAUAUGGUGUCAAGGUCGGGCUGACCAACUAUGCGGCUGCUUACUGUACUGGAUUACUUAUUGGACGCAGGAUCUUGAAAAAGUUCAACUUGGAUGGCAUCUAUCAAGGAACCGAGGAAGUCACUGGUGAUGCCUAUCAGGUCGAGUCCCAAGAUGGACAGCCAGGUGCAUUCAGGUGUUACUUGGAUGUUGGAUUGGCACGUACAUCGACUGGAGCUCGUGUCUUUGGUGUCUUGAAAGGAGCUGUUGAUGCUGGCUUGGAUAUCCCUCACAACACGAAGAGAUUCCCUGGCUACAACAGUGAGAGCAAGGAGUUCCAUGCCGAUGUCCAUAGGAAGCACAUAUUUGGUCUGCACGUUGCUGAGUACAUGAGGAACCUCCAACAGGAUGACGAGGAGAUGUACAAGAAACAGUUCUCCAAGUUCAUCACCAAUGGACUCAAUCCUGAUAAUAUUGAGGAGAUGUACAAGAAGGCCCAUGCUGAAAUCAGAAGCAACCCUGAGCAUGUUGUCAAGGAGAAACCAGUCAAGGAAGGCAAACCAAAGAGAUGGAACAGGUCGAAGAUGUCAUUGAAACAGAAGAGAGACAGAGUGAAGCAAAAGAAAGCAACCUUCCUCAAGAAGGCCGCUGAAGCUGCUGAAGAGGAGGAAUAAUUGAACUGAUGCUGAGGAUGUUAUUAUCACGCCAUCUCUCGCGGUGAUAAUAUUCAUGGUGAUGAUGAAUGUAACAACAAUAGUCAUAAUGGCGAACUUGAUGGUUUAGUCGAUGUGAUGUGACGUUGGUUUAGUUAGUUGGUGUUAUUGCUUAUUAUUAAUGAACAGUUACUGCAACAUAAUAUGAUGACUUGCUUUUUGUCAUAUUACUGUUUUGUUACUCUGUUUUGUUAGUAAAAGUUAGAAGUUGAACUGAAGUUUUGAUACAUUCAUCCAAUAAAAUAUUAACAACCGAAUUGAGGUUUUUUUGGGUUUUUAAU